AUCGUGAGCGGCAUCGUCAAGAACAGCGUGCAUACAACGUAUAUACACGGUCUAUGCCGCGCUAGAGCGAUAUAUGCGGCAUAUCGUACUGUGUACAGAUCGUCGAAAGUGCCGUGUUCCAGGACGACUCGCGUCCUCCCUUUUUUUUAUUGCCCACCGUGCACAGAAAUGGGAAGGUAUGUAAGGCUACUUAGAUUGGCUUAUAAGCGGAGUUAUUGCCUGCCUUUCGCGAGGACCAUCACGUGUCAAAGUAUUCUUAUUCUGAUAGUACUGUCGACUACAAUAACAGUGUUUGCACUAGAGUCGGAUUGUAGCGAGGACCCAUGCAUGUAUGGGAUCUGUUUGGACAACGAGAACAGCACCUAUUCUUGUUAUUGUAUCGACGGUUAUACGGGAAUUCAUUGCGAGAUUAAUUGGGACGAGUGCUGGUCGGAUCCUUGUCUCAAUGGUGGCACGUGCAACGACGGCGUUGCUACAUAUAAUUGCACUUGCGUCGAUGGUUUUGUAGGUGUAAAUUGCGAGCAAAAAUAUAGCGAAUGUUCGAAUCAUCCAUGCCUCAACAAUGGCACCUGCGUCGAUUACGAUGGCAUUAUUUGUCAGUGUCCGGAAGGAUAUUCAGGAGAUUACUGCGAGAUAGACGCUUCUGUUUGCAACGAAACAAUAUGCAAAAAUUCCGGCGAAUGCGUCGAAGGACCCGGAAUCUCAUUCUAUUGUCGUUGUCGCGAAGGAUGGACCGGCACUUUUUGCGAUGUGGACGUUGACGAAUGUUUGAAGUCACCGUGCAAAAACGGUGGUCUCUGUAUCAAUGUUCCAGCUUCCUAUACUUGUGCUUGUUUAUUUGGUUUUACCGGCAAGGAUUGCGACAGAGCAGUCGUACCGUGUGAUGAAAAUCCUUGCCAAAACGGAGCAGUUUGUCUAUUGGAGGAUGAACAUCCAGUUUGUUACUGCGUACCGGAUUAUCACGGCGCACUGUGCGAAUUAAAGUACGACGAUUGCGAGUCAAAAUUUGCACAGUGCGACAACGGUGGUACUUGCAUCGACGGUAUCAACAGCUUCACUUGCGCCUGUCUACCGAAUUACAGUGGUUCCAUGUGCGAAUAUAGUUUCCCUUUGACGACAAUCGCUGUAGAAGUAGAGGACACAUCCGAACAGGGAACAAGUUCAAUUAAAACUACAACCGCUAUUGUUUCACCUAGAGUAUCGACUUUAAUAGCGGAUACUUCUGUGUCCUUAUCAUCGACAUCCAAUUUGGUAACAUAUUCGACGUCCCCGAGAACAACUAGUUCGUUUUACACGAAGAGCUAUACGAUGGAGAAGACCACGAUGUCAGGAUACGAGGACGGAAGUUCUCCUGGCAGCGAAAGUGGUGUCUUUCUUACUGAAGUUCCGUCGACGGAUUUCACGAUUAGUAAAGACACAACUCGAGGAGAUGUCGCGACACCGGAGGUUGCAACAAUGUCGUCUACUGCUGCCGAAGGUUUCUCUCAUAUAACUGAAAUAGAAAGUACGGAAAUUUAUUCUCCAACCGGAAGAUCGAUUCAUGAUGGCAAAGUUACCAAGGAUGAGGAUCACACAACAUAUUCGCCGGUCUCCGAAAAAGUAGACGAAGACCUAACACAUGCAACGGAAUACACGAUGAAUUUUAGUCAUCGAUCAACAGUGAUAGGCACAGAUGAAGGACAGAUCGACGAAAAGACUACUGCGACCAUUGCUGUCAUGGAUCACGGUAUCAAUGUAACACUCCCCAUCAAUACGACAUUCCAAUAUACGACGGAAUCGUUACAGAACAGAACCUUCGAUCUCGGAACUACGGUUGUAGAAUCUGAAACUGUUCUACCUUUAACUACCUCGUCGACACUGCCAUCAGUAUUAUCUUCGACUGUCAAAUUCGAGACUCCCACGGUAUCUUCUCCAUUAACAUCCACCAGCGUAUCUUCAUUAAGUCAAACUACUAGUAUUGAGAUGAGCACUACAGAAAUUAGCGCUUGCCGCGGGAAUCAAUGUUCCACAAGUACCACCACGUUAACUUCGCGUAAUGUUACCGAGUAUGCUGACGGCUGCAAGACAGAUUCGACCAUUACGCAAGCGGCUUUCAACGGCAAAUCUUUUGUCAGACAACGCGUCGAAGUAAUAAUCUCCGACAAUAAGAGCGCAACGCUCCGAAUUUACGUUAAGCUCAGAACGGCAUUUAAGAAUGGAAUAAUAUUGCACGUUUACUUCGACAACGAGAGAUAUUCUUUAGUGUACUUGGAACUUGGAUCAUUGAAGUUUCAGUUUUCUUGCGGUUUGGAAACUAUGUUGCUCGGUGAAAUCGAUGCCAUUAUCGAUAACGGAUUCGAAGUGGGCAUUGAUAUGAGCUUUCAAUAUGUUGCCAAUGAUAAAAACGAAAAAUGUUUUGCCAAAUUGCUGGUUAAUGGCACUAUGGCCGUAACCGGUGAACAAAUACUGCCACAACGGGGAAUGGUCCCAAAAUAUGCCAAUUUAUACAUAGGAGGCAUUCCAUUAACGUUUUCGCAUUAUUUUCGUCACGUAGUUAUGGGAUUUAUUGGUUGCAUGGAUUCCCUGAAAGUAAAUAAUAUUUCACGACAUUUUAUUCACGAUUCGACAGAAACAUUUCAGAUCGAAGAGUGCACAUCGUUCUUGUGCUUGUCGAAUCCGUGUCAGAAUUUCGGUGCGUGUGAAGAAAACGAGGGUCGAAUUCGUUGCAAAUGUAUAGCUGGAUACACUGGCCCUUUAUGCGAACAUUCGGCGUGCAAUGACAAUCCUUGUUCGAUGGGUGCGACGUGCGUAAGCUCGCCAGGAACCGGUUUCAUUUGCGUUUGUCCGCUCGGCAGCCACGGGCUUUUCUGCGAAGAAGAUGCUAUCCUAGUGCGGCCAGCCUUCUCGGUUCUCGUCCCCGGUUUCGCGUCGUACAUUGCCUACGGCGUGUCGACUUCGAUAAAAGACACAAUGGAGCUGAAGCUGCGACUCAUCCCGCGUACAUUCGAUCAAAUCUCCCUGAUAGCUUACAUCGGACAGAGAGGUUCGCGUCGCGAUGUUUCGGACCACCUCUCGAUAACAUUCGUGCGCGGCUAUAUUAUGCUUACGUGGGAUUUAGGCUCCGGAGUGCGAAGAAUCUUCACCAGCGAUUCGUUGAGUUCACUAACCGUGGCAGGAUCGGCUGGUAAAAGUAAAACAUAUACUCUCAGGAUUGGAAGGAGAGGCAAAGAAGCAUGGCUUGCGGUAGAGGGUCUCAGCAACGUGACCGGCCAGGCGGUAGGAUCGAUGACUCAACUCGAUGUAUCACCCGUUCUCUAUAUUGGUGGGUACAAGUCGAAAAACUUUGAGACGUUACCGCACGAUCUACCUCUUCAUACCGGCUUUUCCGGAUGCAUAUUCGACGUCGAAUUACGCACAGAUACUUCAAUUCUUCCAUUGACCGGUUCCAGUCCUGCCACCGGCCGCGGCGUUGGCGAAUGCAAUCGCAACGAAUGCAUUCGCCACUCGUGCAAAAACGGUGCGGUGUGUUUGCAUCAUGGAGCAUCGUAUAGCUGUAUUUGUACAAAAGAAUGGGUUGGACCUGAUUGUUCCAUUCCUGUCUGAUUCAUCGAAAAAUAAUCCUCUGGACGCGUAUAAAAGAUUUCUCCCAGCUCUAAUUAAUUAGCAUUAAGGGAGUAAUUUGAUCGGAAUCGAUGUUAUAGACAAUGUUAUAUUACAGUAAACAGG